AUGAUCAUCACAACAUUGAAGCUUCUUCUCAAGCCAAUGACUUCUCCUUCAUCUUGCUUCAGCAGACUAUCUCUUGAGAAUAUGUCUUCAGAAACCUAUUCUCGGGCAAGGCAACAGUCCUUCGCCCAUGACUCAGAACAGCUUCACCACGAUGAAUCAUCGUCAUCAGAAUCGGAAACGGACUCAGACAGCUCUGAUUUUGACGACGAUAGUUCCGAUAGUGACGAGAAUGAAGCCUCCACCAUUCAAUCUCCAACCAAGCUAACAUACCUCGUCGACCACCUCCCGGAUACCACCCAGUCCACCAUCCGCGAAACCUUUAGGGAACCUCCAAGGAUUGUGUUGGAAAAGUGUCGUCGUAUUGAUAACACUUAUGCGUUUCAGAUGACAGAGCUUGUCACCCGUUCAGUCCGGAUCCGCGCUCCAGAAGACGGGACUUCAAAAAUGAGUUGCUCGUGUUCAGACAUUGAACAGCCCUGCCGGCAUACCCUGUGGCUCCUAGAUCAGAUCGUCAAACAGACCUUGUAUGACGAGGACAUCAGCAAACCUCUCAAGAUGAACCCACAAGGAUACGCCGAAGCGAUUGGGGAUCCUUUCCAGAACAUCUCCAAGUAUCAUCUCGACGUGCUUGCGGAAGGGCUUCACUCUCACCUUGUCACUCCAGACUCAGAGUACGACAACGAACCAGAUACUUUCCGGGCCAAAGAAGCUCGAGAAAUACUCUCCUCCGUCUACGAUAUGGACCCAAAACAGUUUCGUCCGGACAUCUUCGAUCGGAUAUCUCUGGGAAAGAACAUCAUCAAGCGCCAUGACCUCGAACAAACCAUCUUUCGCAUGCUUCUGGACAAUCACCAUUUCUUCCACUACUUCCGCUCCAUCUCACGCUCACGAGAUUUGAUCAAAGAUCCGUUUCAUAAGCUCACACAACGCAUUGACCGCGUAUUGCGAGAUCUCGACACUGAAACUCCUUCCUCAGACGUCGAAACUCCUCACGAUGUACCUUGGGUAGCUUCUCAUAUCCUUGGCUGCGUCCGUCGUAUGCGCCACGAGAUAUACACACGGGAAAAGCCUCUUUCUACACAUGAGGCCUUGUCUGCAGCUCGCAGCCUCGUACACAUCUUGAGUUCAGUGGUGUCUCAUAACAAAGACGAAGGCUCUGGGACGGUUGCCCGCAUCGAUCGCAAUCUUUACCUACGUCUUAUUGGCGACCGCGACCAAGAUUUCAUCCUCAACGUACUGAAUCUGAUCCCAGAGGCCGCGAGCCAGUUUUUGCACAAUCUCGAAGAAAUUCUCGACAAGAUUGAGAUAUAUGGUGCACCUGCAGGUUAUGUACAGCGAUUCAGGGCAAUGCUAAGGCGACUAAGAACAUCGAGCACGGGUUCUGGGUUGAAGCGAUCUGGUCAAGCGCAAAUGGGUGGCAGGAAGACAAGGAGGACUAGAUGA